AUGUAUAGAAAUAAAAAAAAUAUUUCAUCCCGAAGUUUGCGGCUUUUGAAAUCUGUUCUUCCUCCAUCGGAUUCAGAAGAUUCUGAAACUGAAGAUGAGACUGAAUUAUCUUUAAAUAGGAAAUCAAAUGCCCCCAACAUAACUGUUAUAGACGAUUAUGAUUAUAGUACACACUCGUCAAGUCCUCCGAGUGGUGCUUCGGAACUGGAGAAUUAUCUAAACGAUAUCGAUGAUAUGCCCAUGUUUGAUGAAUUAGGUACAGACAUCAAUAAUUACAUAAAUUUACCAAGUACAAGUUACAAUGAUACUUUGGCUGAAGCUUCUAUUUCUAAUCCUAUUUUAGAUUUGCCUAAUGUUGAAAGUAAUAUAAUUGAUAAUCCAAUUAAUUUAAGUAUUAUUGAAAAUAUAUUAGAUCUCUCUUCUCCAAAUAAUUUGCCAUCAGUCAAUUUACAUUCCGAUUCUGACUUAUCGAUUGUUCAAAGAAAAUCGGCUAGAUUAGCUCAAAUGACAUAUGUGGAACCAAAUUCGGUAUCUUCAGCAUAUGUUCAAUCGGUUGAACCUCCUCCAUCAACAUUUACAAAUAAAACCAAAAAAAUUAUACGACAAAAAAUGACUUUUAAAUGGACAAAACAGUUUAAAUUUCCUGUUGAUUUGCCUCCGUUUAAGUAUUCGUCCAUACCUCAAAAUAUUUCAACUCCUUACGAAUAUUUCAAAAUGUUUCUUAAAGAUGAUAUUUUAGAACUCAUAACAAAGCACACUAAUAUAUAUAGUUCCCAAAAACUUGGUAAGUCUUUAGAAACAACAGUAGAAGAAAUAAAACACUAUAUUGGAAUUGAAUUACUUAUGGGAAUCGUAGCAAUGCCAGCAUAUACUGAUUAUUGGUCUGCCGACUUAAGAUAUAGUCAAAUCGCAGAUACCAUGGCUCUAAAACGUUAUCAAAUGCUACGUCGAUAUAUUCAUUUUGUUGAUAACAAAACAAUUGAUACUUCUGACCGUUUUUACAAAGUAAAACCAAUUUUAGAAGGUAUAAGAGAAAAUUGUUUGUCAAUUGAACAGGGUAAGUUGUUUUCAAUAGAUGAGAUGAUGAUCCCUUAUAAAGGGACCAAAGCUGGCUCCAGAAGACAGUAUAUUCGAAACAAACCUAAAAAAUGGGGUUUUAAAUUUUUUGUAAGAGCUGGAAUUGAUGGUUUUGUGUAUGAUUUUUUUCCAUAUGCGGGCGAAACAACGUUUAGUACAGAAUCAUUCUCAGAAUAUGAAGAAACUUUUUUUGGAUUAGGGCAAAAAGUUGUUCUCCAACUUUGUAAAACCAUUUCGGAUAAACCACUUACAGCUGUUUAUUUUGACAAUUGGUUUACAUCACUGGAACUUGUGACGUAUUUAAGAAAAGAGUUUGGAAUUUUAAGCCUUGGAACAAUACAACAAAAUAGACUGCGUGGAUGUGACAUCAUAAAUGACAAAGAUUUACUCAAAAAAGGAAAAGGAAGUUAUGAAAUGAGGUGUGAUAUUAAAAAAAAAAUUGCUGUUGUAAAAUGGGCAGAUAACAAAUGUGUAACAUUGGUAAGUUCGUUUGUACCUGUAAAUGAACAAACGUCAUCAGUUCGUCGCUACGAUAAAAAUAUGAAAGCUAAAAUUCCUAUUAAUUGUCCAACAAUAAUCAAAGAAUAUAACUCUAAGAUGGGUGGUGUCGAUUUAGCUGAUAUGCUAGUAUCUUUAUAUCGUACUGGUCUAAAAUCGCAUCGUUGGUAUUUGGCUGUAUUUUCACAGUUAUUGGACAUAUCUGUCAACAAUGCGUGGUUAUUAUAUAGGCGUGAAUUACAAGAGUUAAAUAAUGAUUUAAACGUUAAACAUAUGCCGUUAAAACAAUUUAGAACUUCAAUAGCUAAAACUCUUAUUAACCAAAGAAAACCUGGCAGACCAAUAAAAGAAUUACUAAGUAAUACUCGAAUUCAGAAAUUACCCAGGUUAAGACCUACGGAUGAUAUAUGCUUGGAUAAUGAAGACCAUUUACCCAAAAAAAUUAAAAAAGGACGAUGUAUGUUGUGCCCCAAAGUUCAGACGGUUUAUUGUUGUACUAAAUGUAACUUGAGACUUUGUACUCUUAACGAAAGAAACUGUUUCUACACUUAUCAUAAACAGAAAUAA